UUAUUAUUCAAGAUUCCAAAAGCAUGCAAGGAAAACAUAAAAUGAAAGCAAAAAUAUAAAUACAAGUAAAGUUAUAUAUAUACAUAUAUAUAUAUAUCCAAUAACAGUGCUAAAUCCAAGAUGUAUAUCCCUAUCACUUCACAGGCUGUUAAGAAAAUCCACAAGAAAACCGACAAUUUGGAGAUAGAUCCAAGCACCCCAUGUGAGAUUCUUCCUUUCCUUGGCCAUUAAACUCUUCCUCACUCACCGGUUGUCCUGCUUUCUUUGUUCUGCUUCUGCUCAAUCAAUCAAUCAUUCAUUCAUUUUCUCUGCUACUUUUUUCCUGAGAAAAAUUGUCCCCCAACUUUUCUGGGAUUUCUGGUUGCAAUCAUGUGGGAUUCCGAUGCUGAAUCCUUCGGAGGCCGAGAUUACGGCAAUGGAGUACUUAGCUCCACCAAAGCUGGUGUCAAGACUGAUGGGUUUGAGCUGAGAAGCCAUGACUGGCAUGUAACAACUGACAUUCCAAGUGAUUUCCUAGUACAGAUUGGAGAUUUUAAUUUUCACUUGCACAAGUAUCCCCUGCUUUCGCGGAGCGGGAAGAUGAAUAGACUGAUGUAUGAAUCACAAGAAUCCAACCUGAACAAAUUAGUCUUAGAUGAUCUACCUGGAGGGUCGGAGGCAUUUGAGUUAGCAGCUAAGUUCUGCUACGGAAUCGCGGUUGAUCUAACACCAACCAAUAUAUCUGGCCUUAGAUGUGCUGCAGAGUACCUAGAAAUGACUGAGGACCUUGAAGAAGGGAAUCUGAUAUUUAAAACUGAAGCAUUUCUCAGUUAUGUUGUUUUGUCGUCGUGGAGAGACUCGAUACAGGUGCUGAAAAGCUGCGAGAAGCUCUCCCCGUGGGCAGAAAACCUUCAAAUUGUCCGUAGAAGUAGUGAGUCCAUUGCUUGGAAAGCUUGUGCUAAUCCAAAAGGAAUAAGAUGGGGAUACACUGGAAGAAGUUCAAGAACUUCUAGUCCCAAAUGGAAUGAUAUGAAGGAUUCGAGCCCGAGUAGAAGUCAACCAGUACCUCCUGAUUGGUGGUUUGAAGAUGUUUCUAUGCUUAGGAUUGAUCACUUUGUUAGGGUCAUCACUGCAAUCAGAGUAAAGGGUAUGAGAUUUGAAUUGAUUGGUGCUUCAAUAAUGCAUUAUGCUACGAAAUGGCUUCCGGGUUUGAUCAAAGAUAGUACUCCAGUACCUUUUGAGGAAGGAAGCUUCAGGAGCAACAGUAAUAUCAGUAGUAAUAGUGUUUGGAAAGCCGGACUCCAUAUGAUUGUUGCCGGAACAAAAGAAGAUAUCUCAUCUGUUCAGGCCAAGGAUCAGCGAAUGAUCAUCGAAAGCCUUAUCAGCAUCAUUCCGCCACAGAAGGACAGUGUCUCCUGCAGCUUCCUGCUUCGGUUUUUGAGAAUGGCAAACAUGUUGAAAGUGGCACCUGCCUUGGUUACAGAAUUGGAGAAAAGAGUGGGGAUGCAAUUUGAACAGGCUACAUUGGCAGACCUUCUCAUUCCUUCUUACAAUAAAACUGAGAAUAUGUAUGAUGUGGAUCUUGUUCAGAGACUUCUAGAGCAUUUUCUGGUUCAAGAACAGAUGGAGAGCUCAAGUCCGAGCAGACAAUCGUUUUCUGAUAAACAUAUGUAUGAAGGGAUUCAGAUGAGCGGUUGUCCAAAUGCCAAAAUGAGAGUUGCAAGGCUUGUUGACAGCUACCUUACAGAGGUAGCCAGAGAUAGAAACCUAUCCUUGACAAAGUUCCAGGUGCUGGCAGAAGCUUUGCCUGAAUCUGCAAGGACUUGCGACGAUGGACUUUAUCGAGCAAUUGAUUCAUAUCUUAAGGCACAUCCGAUGCUCUCUGAGCACGAAAGGAAGCGCCUUUGUCGAGUGAUGGACUGCCAGAAACUCUCUAUUGAUGCCUGUAUGCAUGCUGCACAAAAUGAAAGGCUUCCAUUAAGAGUAGUGGUUCAAGUACUAUUUUCCGAGCAGGUAAAGAUAAGCAAUGCAUUAUCAAACGCCGCUCUCAAAGACACUGGCGACUCCCAGUAUCAGCCUCUGGCAUCGAACCGGAAAACGCUACUUGAAGGGACACCACAAUCAUUCCAGGAAGGGUGGGCAGCUGCAAAGAAGGACAUCAACACACUCAAAUUUGAACUUGAGACUACGAAGACUAAGUACCUUGAGCUCCAAAAUGAGAUGGAUAAUUUGCAGAGACAGUUUGAUAAGAUGACAAAGCAGAAACAUACAUCAGCAUGGACAACUGGGUGGAAGAAAUUGAGCAAACUUACUAAAAUGACAGCAUUGGAUAACCAUGACAUAGGACCUCAGCUUCCUACUGCAGCAGAGCAAACUACAAAGACACCAAGAAGAUGGAGGAAUUCGAUAUCGUAAGAUGUUUGCUGUGUCUAUUUCUUUUUCUUUCCAGAAACCACCUUGGAAGAUACUUAGAUUAAGAAAAAUUUGCCACUCAAAUGUGAAUUUAUGUCAUUAGAGAGUUUUCUUCUAAUAUAUUGCAUGUCUAGUUUGUUUUUCCAUGAUGAAACCAGGACUAACUGCAAAAUUCUGCAGACUGUGAUGGAAAAAUGUUGGAUGAUUGACAGAUAUUUAUCAUUAUAUUAAUACAUUCGGGCCUAAGAUGUAGUCCAGAGGCCCAUUAGGCUUUUGACGUGGGCCUAAAAUAUAGUUUGGAAACACGUCUGAUAUCAAGAAUGCAUGAAACAUAAAUAUAUAUAUAUAUGUUUGUUAAAAGUCACAGCAGACGUCAGAUACUUGCAUUAACAUGGCAUACUCAGAUACGUUUGUUUGUUAAAAGUCACAGCAGACGUCGGCAAUACUAACAAAGAUAUCAUGUCGACGGCUACACAAGUUAUUUCCAGCA